AUGAUGAAGUCACUGGCCGUCGUGGCCGCCCUCCUCGGGCUCGUCACGGCCUCGCCCGUCGCCGUCCACAACCAGACACGCGUCCAGGCGCAGCUCGACGCGAGCACCUCCUUCUGGUACGCCGCCAUGGACCACACCGGCCAAUACAAGGGCUACGCGCCCAACGCCCCGAGCCCGGACUCGUACAACGUCUUCGUGGCCGCCAACGCCGGCGACGCGGCCUCGCUCCAGUCGGCCAUUGACUCGGCCGGCAGCGGCAACCGCCAGAACGAGUGGCUGGCGUCGCAGCCCCGGGUGGUGUACAUCCCGCCGGGCACUUACACGCUGUCCAACACGCUCAACAUGCGCACCGACACGAUCCUCAUGGGCGACGCCACCAACCCGCCCGUGAUCAAGGCGGCGGCUGGCUUCAGCGGAGACUACCUCAUCAACGGCCAGGACCCGUCCACGGGCGUGUCUGGCGAGCUUUCGUUUGCCGUCGGCAUCAAGAACGUCGUCCUGGACACCACGGCCGUCAGCGGGACCUCUAGCAUUUCUGCCCUGUACUGGGGCGUUGCCCAGGCUGCGCAGCUGCAGAACGUCAAGAUUGUUCUUGCGCCCUCGAGCGGUGGAAAGGGUCACACCGGCAUCCAGCUCGGUCGAGGAUCGACUCUUGGUCUUGCGGAUGUGCGGAUCGAGAACGGCCAGACGGGUAUCUGGCACAACGGACACCAGCAGGCCCUGUACAAGAGCAUCUACUUCUACCAAAACACGGUUGGCAUGCUCAUCAGCGGCGGAAACACCAUUUCCCUGCUGAACCCGACCUUUGACACCGUCGGCACCGGCGUGUCCAACACCGGCGGCAGCCCCUUUAUCGGCAUCGUCGAUGCCAAGUCGAUCAACUCGGGCGUCACGUUCAGCACCACCGUGUACCCCUCGAUCGUCAUCGACAACCUGACCAAGGACACCGACUCCGACGUCGUCGUCCUCCGCGGCUCCACGGCCCUGGGGGCUUCGAAGAACGUCGUCAACUACAGCUACGGCAACACCGUCGACCGCAACCCCAUCUACGGCGCCGUCACCGGAACCACCGCCCGCCCUGCCGCCGUCGCCCCCGGCGGCCGCAUCCCGGCCGUUGUCGUGCCCAACUUUGCGCAGAACCCGGUGACGGACUUUGUCAACGUCAAGGACCCCAGCCAGAACGGCGGCCAGACCGUCAAGGGCGACGGCUCGACUGACGAUUCCGCUGCUCUGAACAAGGUGCUGCAGUUUGCCGCCUCCAACAACAAGAUUGCGUACUUCCCCUUUGGCGACUACCGCGUGCUUUCGACCCUUGUGGUCCCCGUUGGCUCGAGGCUGGUUGGUGAAGCUUGGGCGACGAUUUCCGGUGGCGGAGACAACUUCAAGGACGCCUCCAACCCGAAGCCUGUCGUCCAGGUCGGAAACGAGGGCGACGUCGGUGUUGCUCAGAUCCAGGACAUGCGAUUCACCGUCUCCGAUGUCCUACCCGGUGCUAUCAUCGUCCAAUUCAACGCUGCCGGCUCCAACCCCGGUGACGUCGCGCUCUUCAACUCCCUCGUCACCGUCGGAGGAACCCGUGGCGCGGACGGCCUGACCAACACCUGCACCAAGGCCAACGCCGAAUGCCAGGCUGCCUUCAUCGGCCUCCACUUCACGGAGAACUCGUCCGCCUACGUCGAGAACACCUGGAACUGGGUCGCCGACCACAUCACCGAGGGCUUCAGCGGCGGCUCCAACAUCGCCGCCAAGGGAGGCGCCCUUGUCGAGUCCACCAAGGGAACCUGGCUGCACGGCCUCGGCAGCGAGCACUGGUGGCUGUACCAGCUGAACCUGAAGUCUGCCAGCAACGUCGUCGUGACCCUCCUGCAGAGCGAGACCAACUAUGACCAGGGCGACAACACGCAGCAGGUCCCCCCUGCGCCGUGGACCGUCGAUGUCCAGGGCUGGGGAGAUCCCGACUUCUCGUGGUGCGACAGCACUGCUCGUUGCCACAUGGGCCUGGCCAACUAUGUGCAGGGCGGAUCGAACAUUUACUACUUUGGGUCUGCUUCGUGGGCUUUCUUCAGCGGUCCCGGAUAUCAGGGCUGUGCUUCUGGUGGUUACCAGUGCCAGGACUACAUGCACGUUAUCAAGACGACGCCCACGAACCUCCAGAUGUACGGCAUGUGCUCCAAGGACACCAAGGUUGCUCUUCGCUUGGGCAACGGCACCGACAUCAAUGCCCAGGACGGCUUCACUGGAGGCUGGAGCCCUGGUGGCGACAUUGGUCGCUACACCUCUUAA